AUGGAUGGCCUAAAAAAGAUAAGGCGGGGGGGAUCCAAGAAGGCGGGGUCAAAAGAAGAGGUUCCUUCUGGUAGCCCCGCAAGCCUUUUGGAGCUGCAGCUGGAGGCCCUUGAACGUGGUCUGCGUGUUUCCCCCCCUGCGGCAGGUGUUGAAGGUUCUUCUUCUUCUGUUCUUUUUGACUUUGUAUCCUUCUUGAAGCAUUUUUUCCAUAAUGAAUUCCGGCCUUUGCCCAUUGUGCUCGACGCUGCUGCUGCUGCUGCUGCAGCAGGAGGAGGAGCAGCAAUAGACCCGCAGGCUUUCACCUCUCCGAGGGCUGCUGCCAUCUUCAGCCAAGUCCCCGGCAACUCCAAGGCGACAUCCCCAGUGUGGACAGCUCCGCGGCCUUCUAGAGUUGAAGUCGUGGGUAGCUGCGGCGUUGGUGUGGGGCCACCCGCCUUCUCGCGCAACUUAGAUUUGGCCUUAGAGCUCCCUGAAGAGGCAUUUGACAGAAGAGAUUACUUAAAUUACAGGUACCUCGCGAAACGCGCGGCUUACGUUGAUCUUCUGCACAGCCAGCUGCAGAAGGCCCUGGCUAAACAGCAGCAGCAGCAGCAGUCGGCAUGGGCAAGUGCAUGCAAGCAAGCCGGUUUGAGGGUAGAUGCGGAAGUGAGGCCUUGGAGACUGGAUGGCGUGAAGACAGUCGUUUGCCUUAGGUUUGUGCCGUUGAAAAAGGAGACAGAGACAGCGAAGAGGACCGCAACAGCAGCAGCAGCAGUGGCAGCAGAUGCAGACGAGCUGAAGGCCCAGCAGCGGCUCUGUAGGCAGCUUCAAAACUGGGAGCUUCGUUUGUUCGUCGCCUGCUGCGGAGGCCUCUUUAAGGAGAAGUUUCUGAGGCCCAAUGCCAAUGCAGUGCGGCGCAGAACAACCGCCACCAAAGGCAUGAAUGAGACAAAAAGCCCGAUGGAGACUCACCUCACAGACGCACAAAUUCAUCAGGCACGCGGAGAUCCUCCGCAAAUGCGCGGCGGACUUCAGCGCUUUCGGCAGCGGCCUCCGUCUCCUGAAGGCCUGGGCUCGGCGGCGGUCCCUCCUCGAUGCGGGCCCCUCUGCAUGCAGCCCCACAACAGGCAAGCACUGCUCCAACGUUUCCUUGUUAGAGAUGAGUUGAGCGUCUGUUGCGGUUUUACGCUGUCUUGGAUUCUGGCCCACGUCUGCUUGGCCUCGGGAGAUGUCGCCCGCGCCGCCUCACCUCUGCAGCUCUUCCGACUUGCGCUGUCUUUCCUUGGGGGCGCCGACUUCCAAAGCCGAUACUACUGCUUAGGGGAUGAGACAGGCCGCCUAAAGCCCACACUACCAGUGGAGACAAACGCUCACCUGGAAGCAGCUGUCACUGCGCGCAACGACGCAGCAGAUGCCGCUGCUGCCUCAACUGCUCCGGGUGCUGCUGCUGCUGAUGAGGCGGAACAGGCUGCUCGUGCACCGCAGUGGGGAAGCCGAGAACUAUGUGUAGGCCUCGUAGAGGAUGCCUGUCUUUUUGACUCGGAAGAGAAGACAUUCAAUAUUCUGUGGCGAGCCCAACUGCAUAUUCAGGAGCUGCAGCAGGAAGCCCGCACCAGCCUGGCUGCGCUGCAGAAGCUGGAGGAUCCGUUUCCCCUCCUGUUUGGGGAGCAGCAGGAGCAUCUGCUGCUCAAGUCGGACUUAUGGGUGCAGAUCCCUGCCUUGCCUCCCCGUGGAGACGCCUACAUGCUGGACACGACGAUUCCCGUGGCCAACUACAAUCCCCCGCCUUCAGACCGCCGUCAUGUGGCACAGGGACCCGCUUACGAGGAAGACGGCUGCUUGUCUGGAGACGACCCCAUACACUUCGAUCCCCCCAAGUGGGAGACGGCUCCAGCUUUCUUAGGCGCUGCCACGCUCGCACGCAUCCUUGUCAGAGGACUCGGAGACCGCAUGCAGACCUUCCGCAUCCGUUUUGCCCUCGCUGGGCCGACGAACCCAGCGCCACGCGACGGGAACGCAGUCGAUACCUUCCCCAUCGGAGUGGUGAUUUGCAUCACAUUAAACGGGAAGGUGUCCGCCCGCCUGCUGGACCGAGGCCCUUCUGUGGUGGAUGCGACAGAAGCGGCUGCGCAGACCCCCCGCGCUGUCGCUGCUGACAGCUUUAGGAAAUUCUGGGGUCCUCGUUGCGAUGUGCGGCGGUUUCAAGAUGGGCGCAUGCUGCAUUGCGUGCUGUGGGAGAAAUUCGUCAUUUUUGAGGGGCCUCAAGCAGCAUUUGCGGAGCUGAAGAAUUUGCUUUGCGCCUUAAGUUCUAUUCCGCUGACCAUCAAGCAAGUUUGGCACUCGGACGCUGCCUUACGGCACAUGGAGGUCUUCUCGUCAAACAUUUGGGAUCCUGAAAAGGCGGACGCGGCAACAGUGCACUCCGUCGUCGUCCAAUUUGAAGACUCGGGCAAGUGGCCGGUGGAACCCGAAGCUGUUUGCAAACUCAAGACUGCGUUUCUCGUAGCCAUGAACGAGGAGCUCCUGCGUGAUUACUCUGUUUCAAGUAAUGUUAUGGAGUCUUUUCUGGACAUUCACUUUCAGUCGUUCAUUUUCCGUGUUCAAAUAUUCCAUCCUAACGAGGUAAUGGAAGAAGCAAACAUUUUCACGAAUUUCUCUCUGAAGCCAAUCACAACGCAUCUUGGGAAGAUGCAGAGCGGACCUGCCAGCAGCGGCAGGGAGACUUUGAGAUUUGCCGGCGGUUCAACAGACGAACUGAAGAUAGCUAAGCAGGUGUGCGAUGUAUUGCUUCAAGAAGAUGUAGCCCUCUUGUCCGCCGUCAACCCAUACCACACGGACCAAGUUUUGCAUCUCCGCAGUCUGUGGUGGGCGCCGCAAGCAGCCGCUUUGGUACAUAGUUUGGCUCUUAAACACACGGCAUUCGCUGGUGCUGUGAGACUGGCAGUUUUGUGGCUGAGCAAACAGCUGAUUGUGGGGGCGGUGCACUUUGCGGAGCAUGUCCUGGCUUUCCUCUUUGUCGACUACAUGAGGGCGGGUUAUGGGAAUGCGCCCCAAAGCCCGCAUGUUGCCUUUCUGCGGUUCCUUCACUUUGUUAGCUCCUUUGAUUGGGAACACAACGCUCUUCUCGUUUCGUUCGAUUCCUCGGCCCCACUCACAGAAGAACAGCGGCGCCAUAUCCAGGUUUCUUUUGAGCAUUUUGGCCAUAUUCCUUCUGUACACUCUGUCCUAGACCCACAUGGCUUCAUACUUCCACGGCCUGAUCCUCCGUCUUUUCGUCGUCUUGUGGGAUGUGCCCGAGAUUGCUUUCAGAAAAUACGAGCCAUCUGUAUGACUUCCUCUCGGUUGACCGCCGCUUGGAAGGGUUUAUUCUUGACCGACUGGCGCCAAUUUGACAUCAUAUUAAGACUCAAGGAUCCGCUGGCAGCUCCGAAUAGCGGCUCACAAGAUACUAUCUCGCAGAAGAAGAGGAGGUUUGCAAACUUGGCAUUCGACAGCGACACAAGAGACAACCGAAAAGAAUCCGUUCUUGGUGGUCUAUUACAAGGAGGAGCAUCUACAGCAUUGCCUCAAUAUUCUUGCCAAAAAGGUCUUCGCCUUUCGCCUACAUCACCGGAGACAGCAGCCGUCUUGGACGACUUGCUGCUGCGAGCUGUGGGCUCGAAAGCAUGCACGAGGAGGUAUUUGUUCCUGCGGAACAUUCGCAGCCGCAGUCAUCUGCCUGGCCAGCGAGGCGCCAUCACGUGGAUGCCUUUGCUUCGCAGGGACAUCUGCACGAGGCGAAAGCGCUUCAUCGACUCGGCCAAGGGUGUCCAGCCCAGUGUCCCAAAGUGGAUCAAUGCUCUGGCGAGCCACACCUUCCCCUUUUAA